AUGCUUGGCCCUUUCCGUGGAUCACCGGUUCGCAUGGGCGGAUACCUGUGGAAAAUCCCCUACAAGAUGUCUCAGCCACAAAAGGCUCGCCAACGGAGCCGUCUGCGAGCCGUAGACCAGACCAUUUCCACUGUUGCGAAGGGACUGGCCAGCGAAGGCCUAACUAUUCACAAGAUCGUGCGGUUCGACAAAGAGCUGCCAAAGGAGAGCGAAAUGCCAGCCAAAGACAAGUACUGGAUCUUCAACAAAACCUCUAUUAACUAUCGUAAAGGUGCCCAUCGCCAGCCCAAGUUCACCAAGGUCACUAACCGGGUUCCUCCCGAGGGUUUCUAA